AAGCCACUCGGUUCGACGUCUCCGUUGCCGAUGCGCUCUCUAGUCGUGCGGUGUUGUAGAACGGUAUCGUGCUCCUUGCUUCAGUUUGUUUGAACAUCAGCAGCAGCAGCAUCAUCAUCAUCCCUAAGGGCCACCAGUGAACCAGCCAUCAGACACCAUCGGAGACGGGAGUGCUCAGUGCGGUGGAACGAGAAGUGUAGCUAUUUUUUGAUGUGAAUUUGUGGGACAGUGUAAAUUUUGAAGGUCCCCCACAAUUACGGAUUUGUGCAGGUGGUUGAUGACAUCCCAAGCGUCGGCUGGACCUGUACGGGCGAGUUGGAGGAAACCGAAGUUACCGACCCCGCUGGCAUGCUAGCAUGAGUGUAAAUGGAAAACUAGGGUUAGCCAAAUGCCUGCGAAUGCUCAAAUACUUGUACAUACGUGUGUGAAAACGUCAACAUGAAAUGUUUUAUCAUACCAUUUAGCUAGUCACUAGUUGUAUUAAUCGGUGAAUGACGAAGAAAUUUUCCCGACGGAGGUGCCAAGUUACCUGCGAGUGAGUUACCCGUAGCUAGUUUACUUUGCUCAAAACCCAUCCUAAUCCACACUCUACACACCACUUCCGGUUAGUGAAUCGAAACCACGUCGAGUGAAACGAAGCAAGAAAAAAAGUGCAAUCAAUUUCUAUCUCUCUUUCUAUUAGAAACGGAACGACAGAAGUUUUUGAAAGUGAAACUAAAGAUUGUGUGAGUUCACCAGUAACAAUCAAUCAAUCUGCGUGUGGAUUUUCCGACGGCGCUUGUUACCUGGAUUAUACCUGCUCGACUCGUACGAACCCUCCUCCUCCCCCCCGGAGACCGCGUUUGCCGUCGGGAACCAUCGGAACUGGAACGGCGAGGAAACAUUCAGACAGUCGAGCAGCUGUCAACAGCGUCAGCCUAAUUCAUCAAGCGUGCGCGACGGCCGAUGGAUAAGCAAAAUGAUUCAAAGAAUUAAACACAAGUCCAAAUAGAAGGCCGAUCGCCACUCGAGAGGACCGAAUCGCGACGUAUACAGCAGUUUCACAAUCCGCUCCGUUUUCCUUUCAUCGUCGUCGUUCCCCCACUCCCCCUGAGGGAGACUAUAAAAGUAAAUUGAAUAAUUAAAAGACAAAAAAAGAACGCACCUCUCGUGUCUCUUCAAUCCGACCCUUUCCGAAUAUUCGUUAAAAUCGUCGCAGCCGCCCGCCGACGGACGGAAGGCGUGAAAAUCUUCACCGCCGGUAUGACGACGGCAGCAAGGCAGACGGAAAAGUUAUGGGCAUUUGACACCGCGUGAAGAAUUGCGUUGAAAGGAAGAACCGCAGAAGACAAACAUUCUGCACCCGAACUCGAGAGAGAGCGGCGAAAUUAGACCUGGGUAAUAAAAUACGGCAGCGGGAAACGCAAGUGAAAAUGUGUCAUUAAAUUAAGCUGUUUUGCUAUUCGGAAUAUCGGUCUUUAUCGUGCUCGAGGGGCCAACCGAUGGCCGGAGCCGAGCUGUAGGACAUUCCGGGAAAGAUAAAACCCCCCGCGAAAGGCGCAGCAAGCGAAAAUGUAGCGGCUGAAAUCUCGAUCGAUUGUGCUGUGCAUUGCAGUAGUGUUGAAAGUUCUUCGAAGGUUGUGCAAUAUUUUACUCCGAUCUAUCCGUUCUUUACCAAAACAAAACAAAACAAAACACAAAAACCACACGGCACGGAGUGCCAAUAUAUCUAUAUUUCUGUGGUAGUUUCCGGAAUCGAAUAUAGUCAGUAGUCACUCACAGUUAGAGAAAAGUUUAAAUAGUUGUUAUUCCGUAGCUUUAGUGUUAAACGGUGUCAGCGAAGGCUCAUGUGAAUCAAUAUUUUCUAUCCAGUUUUUACUCAUCAUGUGUACUCUGUAGAAAAACCAACACACAAACACCUACUGAAUCUCACGGGGUUGUGAUCGCAAGAGUCGAGAAAGAAAGAGAAUGCGAAACUGAGUGAAUCUCAACUACUUUCUCUUCAAUGUAAAGUUUUAUUCAAUAAUACAACAGAAGUGAAAAAUUACCGUCCUGUAUAGAAGAAAAGUUUUAUUCGUAGUACUACUUAGAAACUAAGCAGAAAAAAAAACAAAACAAAACAAACAGCAAUCGACAAGUGAAUGUGCCAAACUACGAACAGAAACCAGUAGAAAACAGUAGAAGGAAAGAGACGCGCAGAACUCGAAUCGUCAGCUGAACAACGAUACGUAAUCCGACCCGACUCGGAGCCUCGAACGGCGGCGCAGACGGGGAAGCAUCCGAAACAGUGAUUAAUCUUAUUAAUAACCGCGCUACAGCAGAAAAAUUUAUUGAAUAAUCCCCAUCAUAAAUAAUUUUUUUUGUUGACUGCUGGCCCUUCGACUCUCUGUGUGUUCCGCAUAGGCCAAGCAGAGGGCUCGUGAUAGUGUGCGUUUUUCGCGCGUGGAAAAUUAAUUGAAUAAACAGAACGGCUCCCAAAAGGUUCGCAGCGAAGUACACCGAAAAAGAAGAAAAAACCUCCAAUAAAUAUCAAUUUGACUCACAGAAGCAGUCGCAGCAGUUGAGGUAAGCCAGCCUAGAAGCGAGAAAAGAAAUCUGAACACGGUAGCCAGCCCCCUCCGGGAGGGAAGUUUGUGAUUAGUAGGAUUACUUUAUGAUAAGUGGCCCAUUAAGGUGGCAAGAGUAAGAAAAAACGUAGAAGCAAAAAGGUGAAGGUGAAAUAUCCGGAAGUGGAGAAUAAAAAAAAAACAGUGCUAAUGAAAACCGUGAAGGUGAACUAAAGUGUGACCUCACAUCAAUUCAAGAAACGGAUUGUGAUCGUACAAGAUGUCCUUUGUGGGAUGCCAAGUGCGUGUGUCGUAAUCGAAGGUGGCGUUGAAGUGGCGCUAAAAAAACACACGGGCAAAGUGCGUGGGUGUUUUUGACUUCAAGUGUUCGAGUGCACGGCAGUAGAGCGGAAAAUAACCCAACAACUAACUGAUUGUGUGAAUUAGAGAGUAACUAACGGUAGUGGAACCGGACCGGCACAGAAGCUCAAUCAACAGUGCUAGCAAGUGCGGUAUCCUACUAGCUGUUAUCAUUCAUAGCAUCGCCACCACCUUGGAUUCAGUAUUGCAGAGCGUCAUUGUUGGACCGCAAGAUGGCCGCAGUAAAUUCGGUACCAAACAGCAUCCGCCUACCGCUGGCAGGCCUGGCACCGCCGCGUGUCCUCAUGUGUAGCGCUUCAAUGGGCGCCGAAGGUUCGGUUACCCUCCAGCUGCGUGAAGCUGUGCAAGCACCAGACGCAGCCGGUACUUCGCUUUCCGAGCACGGUGGUCUUACCAUCGGCUAUCCGGAUCCGGAGAUGCUAGCCGAUAUGCUCGGUUCAUUUCAGAGUGCGUCGGCAGCCGGACUCGAGCAGACAAGCAGUGCGACCGUCGCCGCUACCACCUUUGAUCUCAUUCAGGAAAACAGUAGUAGUAAUUGCAGCAGCCGCCAGUCUGGGCUGGACCCGACCGAGCAGCAGCAGCAGCACACGGUUGCCAGUGCCCUGCUGGCAAAAGCGUCGUCACCCACCGGUUGUAUUAAUAGUAGUAACAGUGGCAGCAGCAGUAGCAGCAAUGGCAGCGGCGACGGCAGCCUAACGCUGGCAACUGUCAAACCCGAACAGGCAUCCAAGAAUGAAAAGCUGAAUGGCUGCAUACCCUCAGCGGUCUCUUCCUGUGCGAGUAGCACCAGCAGCAGUGCCAGUAGUAAUAGCACCAGUAAUAGCAGUAGUAGCGGAGGUAGCGGCGUCAGUUUUAGCUCCAAGUCCACGGUUGUCGCUGCUUCAGCCGUAACCGUCAACAGUGCCAACAGUAAUAACAGUACAAUGAUUGUGUCCGCUGCAGCCGGAGGACACAGCAGCAGGAGUGACAGCACCAGCAGUUGCAGUAGUACCAGUAGUAGUAACAGUAACAGCAGCAACAGCAGCAGCAGCAGCAGCAGUAGUAGUAGCAGUAGUAACGGUAGCAGCGGGUCAUCAACGGUGGCGGUAACGGUGAAUGGGCUCCCAACGGUGGUGAAGAAACCGCGGCCUAAAACCGUUUCACCGACGCGGCAUGGCCCGCAACAGUGUCAGGUGUGCAGUAAAGUGUUCGGAAAUGCAUCUGCUCUGGCUAAGCAUAAGCUGACGCACAGCGAUGAGCGGAAAUACGUAUGCGGAAUGUGCUCAAAAGCGUUUAAAAGACAGGACCAUCUCAAUGGCCACAUGCUGACACACCGGAACAAGAAACCGUACGAGUGCAAAGCCGAGGGAUGUGGCAAGUCCUACUGCGAUGCCCGUUCGUUACGGAGGCACACCGAGAAUCACCACAGUGCCGUCGGUAUGGCAUCGGGACCGUCGACGCCCCUGACUGUGGCGGCUGCAAGUCCGACGGGUGGAGCGACACUGCAAUCGGUCGUUGCAACGAUGACGAUGACUACGACCACUACGACAACAACGGCAGCCAUGACCACUGGGCCUCUUAGCGGGCUCAGCCUUUCACCGGCAACCGCCAGCGGCGAUGCCAGCUCCCCGCACGGAGCCACCACCUGCAGCAUCCAGUUCAGCUCUGCGUCAUCAUCGGCGUUAGGAUCAGCCAACAGUGGCGGUACCAUUCUAACCAGUUCUUCCAGUAAUUCCAAUAACAACAACAACAACAACAACAACGGCCACCAGAGUGAAACUGGUACCAACAGUAGUAAAUCCUCUUCUCCCAGCUCACCGGCCGGUGGAAGCGGAAACGAGGGCCUAACCCGACAACAGCUGGAUCUGAUCACGCAAAUCAUGCAGCAGACGAAGCAAGCGAAUGCCGCCGCAGCUGCCGCCGGCCAGAAGGUCCACCCGCGACCACGAACCUGGAAUAUGCAGCUUCAACUGAGCCAGCACAAGUUGACCCCGACGUCGUCCGUGAUAGCCAAUUCCGUUUCCACGAGCCAGAGCAGUUCUCCGCAGAACCUUUCCAGUACGAGUUCCACCGCGACACAAGCGACCACGAGCGUUGAUUCCGCUGCUAGCACCUCCACAGCGGGCAGCUCCCAGUCACAAAAUUCCGCCGUGAGUCAAGCGCUGAACAAGUCCGACCAGAAGCCAGUCGAAUGCAACCUGUGCCACCGGAAGUUCAAAAACAUCCCGGCCCUGAACGGCCACAUGCGUCUGCAUGGAGGCUACUUCAAAAAAGACUCCGAAACGAAAAAAUGUGAUAAGAAAGAACAUAGCGGACCCCCGCUGCAGACCGCCAGCGUCGGAGUACGAGCCCUGAUCGAGGAAAAGAUCAUUAACAAACGUAGCAAGGACUUGAAGAAUCUGUUGUUGAAGGGCUCAUUCGUCGUGCCAGCAGCACCGCUAACCGCUCGAAGGCUGCUCGAAGCCAGUGAAGCGUUGCUCACCCCCAAACCAGGAACGGUAGCGAUCGUAUCCACGCAAAAUGGAACCACCCAAAUUAUCAAUCCAAAAGCAACCAUAAUGGCGUCUGCUGCCGGCGGUUCACUUUCGGUUAGCAACAACUCGGGUGGACUAUCCACCACCGAGUUUAAAGAUGCCACCCUGAUAGAACUGCUAAAACGUGGAACAAAAGUGGCAGUUAAGCGUACCUGUUCAGAUUCCGGUCAAUUAGCAAUCGCAACACAGACAACGCAAUCUUCAGUCGCAACGAAAGCAGCCACCAGAACCGUAGUGCUGCCGACCAACCUCAACACUACAAUUUCCUCAACGGCGGGUGGCACUGCAUCACCACUUGCGCUAUCGAUCGCCAACAGUCUGACGACGACCGCCAGCAGUGAUUCUACGCCACUGUCACUCACAAUAUCACAAGCGCCUUCCGGCAGUGCUGAUGUCUUCACUCUAGCCUACUCCACCGAUGCAACAGGCGCUGCUGCCUUCUUUAGUGAUAACGAUGUGUACAGUGUUAGCGAUACGACCAUGCUAUUGCAGGCCGUCGAUUCGAUCCAACUACUUGAGGAUCCUGCGUCAUCUGAACAGCUGGACGAAAUUGCAUCUCUUUCCGACUACACAACCAUCAACGAGCAAACCUUCACACCUUCCCGUCAGCUUCAAGCCGUACUGGACUCUCCACUACCGGAAAGUUUAGCGGAGUUCAGCGCUCUUCAUUCCAAAGAUUUCAUUCUGUACAGCGGCAGCUCAUCGAACGCCGGUAACACGUCCGACCCGACAGGAAGUCAAACAUCCAACUCACCCCUUCCAUCGCCACUGGCAUAUCCAACACCACCGGCUUCCCAUGAACCCGUAGCGCAGGCAUCUCCCUUCCUGGAUGACUCCCGUCACUUCUCCGAUGCCAGUUCCUUCUUCGAUGACAAACGCAACACUACCAACUUUCUCGACGAUGGCUUCUUCAAAGCGGAUCCGAAAGACGUUAAACUUAACGAUGAAAAAAUCCUCGCUCUCAAGAACGAACUGCUAGAUGAAAACCACGACCUUUUCCGCAGCAACAAGAACAUUCUCGACGAUCACUGUCACGAGCUGUUCAAAAGUGAAGACAGUUUUUUCGUCGAAGAAUCAACCACCAGCAAGCCAAACGAUUCUUCUAUUGCCUCCGGCGGCAACGUUCACUCGCCAUCCAAGAUCAAUCUCGACUUUCUCGACGAAGCUCAGGCAUUUAUCAACGAAAAUCGCAACGCUUCCUCUCCACUAUCGAAUGCCUUCUUCUCCGCCACCAUGUCCAGUGCGGAAGAAGUCAAGGAAGCCCUGGAAGAGGUACUCCCAAGCGACGAAGACGUAGCCAUCGCUGAAGCCGACAUUGAUUUGUACUACCUGAAUGGACUUUCCUCGCUGCAAUCGCAAAUGAUGCCCAACUCGGACGAUCCAUUACUAUCCUCAUCGCCGAAAGACUUUGCCCACCGGCAGCACCAGAAGUUUUUAUUCGAGCAACAACAACAACAGCAGCAGCAGCAGCAGCAACAGACCGGCAGUACAGCAGCAAGUAACAGCACCUUCUCACCACCGAGUGCCAAAAAGCUCAAAACUGAAGCGGAUGCGCCAGCAUUCGUGACAGCUAGUGAUACAAACAAAAUUCCACUAACCGUACAAACCGAACAAAUUCCAAAAGACAACCACAAUGACUCCGUAUUUCUCAGCCCAAACAGCAUCUCCAGCAACAGCAGCAGUGGCAGCAGUAGUUCACCUAAACUGCAGCACGCACUUCUGCGCAAGCGACCCUCGCUGCUGCCCACGGUAUCAAUCCGAAAGACCCCAGUAUACCACUCGAAACUGCGCAAAUCCACGACCGCAGUUCCCGUUACACACUACACUCCACAACCGAUGCUGAAUCCAGGUCGAACAGCUUCCGGACUUUAUUCCACGAUCGCUUCCUCGUUGGCCAGCCAAUCCAGUUCCGUUUCCGACUCGACAGUAGACGAUACUUCCGAUAUUUUUAGUGAACCACCGCUUCCUAUCCGACCCCGCAUUAAUCUAGGCAACGACUACCAGGCAGCAAUUCCCGAGUGUACCACUCCCAGUUACCAUCACCUAAAUCAUCAGUCUGAUCAGCACAUGUGGGAUCCCGCAGUGGUUCAAAGUGAGACCCAGAUUGCGCGCUACGUUGAACUCUCUCGCUCUUCCGCCGUACCACUGGGCUGUCAUUCGGAAGAAACGGCCUUGAAGGCCCUGCUGGAAGCUCAAGGAGAAAUUCAUAUCGCUAUCCUUAACCUCAUGCAAGCCUCACCGACCGGUCUGCAUCGGCGAUGGUCACCCGGUGAAAUGGAACAGUUUAUUCGUGGGCUGGAACUGUACGGCAAGGACUUCUUCCGAAUAGCAUCCGAGUUAUUGCCGACCAAAUCCACCGACGAUUGCGUUCAGCUGUACUAUUUCUGGAAGAAACUGUGCGUAGACUACAAAACCACUCAUCUUCUGCAGCACGGUGACAAUUCGAUGAAGUUCAUCAACAUGAACGUCGGUCCGGACGAUUUACUGCUGGAUCACGCUGCCUACACCAGCAAUACGGUAAAGUCAAGCGGUCUAGGUCAUCAUUCGAGUGUCAGUAGCAACAACAGCUCCACUAGCGACGUGCGGCCGCACGUCUGUGAGGUUCCCGACUGUUCAGCGAGUUUCUCCUCGAAGGCCGCCCUGCACGGUCACAUCCGCAUUCACUGUAUCGGACGUUCAGCGGCACACCUGAACGGCACUACGCAAAAUGGUAAUUUCUUGAGUACUACUGCUGCUGGUAACCCUAUUAACCCUAACCACAUACCAACAAAGGAUGAUUAUCCCUGCAAGGUGUGCGGCAAGGUAUUUAAUAAGGUAAAAAGUCGCAGCGCCCACAUGAAAUCGCACAGACCUCAAGAUGCAAGCGAUCAACUGCAGCAUCAGCUGCAACUUCACCAGCAGCAUUUACAGCAGCAGCAGCAGCAACAACAACAACAACAACAGCAACAACUCCAGUGCUCAACGUAAACAAAAUCCCAGUUGACGGUCGACGGCUGAUUGGUUGUCGAUGGUCAAAGCAACCGAUAAAAGACAAAGAAUAAACGAGCUGAAUUUCGAGACAAUCUUCAAACCGGUAACUGCGUUGUUACAAAACAAAACAAAAAUAAAUAACCGAAAGCCACCUCGAAUAGUAACCAACAAAACAAAAAAAAACUUUUUAAGCAAAAGUAAAACCUGAGCAAAUCACUGUAACGGAGGUUGUAAAACAAAAAACGCAAAUAAAAUGAGAAAAAUCCCACAGAAGCAAACAAGGAACAAACUGAACACUUACACAAACUCACACGCAAACAUACAUACUUACACACACACACACACAUUUUAGAACACAGAAAAGCGAAAGCGACUCGUCAAAUUAUCUUUAAACAUAUUAUACACAUUGAGGUAAAACUUCCAAUUAAUCUUAAAUAUAUAUAAAUAUUGAUAUAUUAUCUACUUUAAUGUAAGCUAAAAGAAAACUGUUUUUGUAUACUUUUUGUUGUUAAACUUUCUAUACACUUCAAAGACGUAACAUGUACUUGUACAUAGAAAAAAAACAAUUGUUGAUGAGAAAUUGUGUAUUCUUUUAAAACUCUUUUAGCGAGAACAAAACGAUGAAACAAAAAAUAAAUAAAUCAAACAGUCGAAAACAAAUCAAAAAAUACUAAGAAGAUACUGGGCGUGGCCUUUUAACUGAGAUGUAAGAAGUCAAAACAAAAGUUUUAGCGAAGCUAUUUCUCUUCACCGCCAACAGUGUAGACACGCCCUUAACCCGCCCUUCGAAGAUGUUUUUUCUAGCGUGUGUGAUUGUAACUCCUUUGCUCUUUCUAUCAUAAACCACAAAAAAAAACAAUUACACACGUUUACUACCAAACAAUAACAACAAACACAACUAUGAAGCAAUGCCAACUUAGAUUCCUAUGUAGUCGUCCUACAGAUUCUCUAAAAAACAAAAAUCUUACAACUCACAACUCUCUAGAUGACUUUUUAUCUUUCCAGUAUUAUGUAGCGAGAAAAAAAAGUAAACAGAAAGAAACCUACAUUACAAAACAAUAACGACCGGAGAGAAGAGAACCAAUUUCCGGGCGGAAAAUGCUCUUUAAUUGUAGAGAUAAUUCAAACUGAUUAAGGCAGAAUACAUUUUUUCACGAACACACACACACAUACGCCAAACGGCACUCUCACACAAACUCAUUCAAACGUAGAACAAUGUUUAACCCAAAACCUUCGAGCAAAAGAAGAAAAAAAAUGACGAAGAUAAAAACCAUGGUUGUAUCUAGAACUUAAGUGUUGAUCGAUGUCUCUAAUUCUAUAUAUUAUUAUUAUGAACAGAAAGAAAACUACAAGAAGCCCAGCAAGAAGGCGAAGAAAAAUCUAGCACAGAAAAAUGAGAACAAAAAGCGACAAAAAGAUAUAUAUUAAAGUAUAUUUAUUCCCUAAAAAGAUAUAUUACGUGAUCACCUUCUCACGGGGCCCGGCUUGUGGUCGGCAGAAUGAGAGAAGCCCGCCAAUUUUACUGUACUGUGUAGAAGAGGACAAGCGCCAGGAUUUUGGAACCAGCGGCCUGAGCCAACUGGUUCCAGAAUGGCAAGAAAAAAAAACGGAAACCCAAACUCGCUCACUCAAAACUUUUACCGACCCUCCGCUCUUCCCAGACUCGGGGAAGUGUUAAUCAAAUUGUAAAAGCGCCAAAGAAAAAAAACAACGCGUUGUGACUCUCACACCCGCUCACUGCAGCUGCAAGCAGGUUUUCUAUUAAUUGUGAUACUAGUUUUUUGUUUAAUUUUUUUUUUUUUCGAAUCGGAAAGUAAACGAAUAGUGAAGAAUGAUAAUAGAACAGAAUUCCAGAAACAUUGGAUAUAUGCUCGAAUAAGAUUUAAUUUUUUUUUGGGCGGUAUUAAGUUGAAUUUAAUUGUAAUCGGAUCUAUAUGUACCUUUAUAAUUGCACAAAACUCUUAGAGUGCAGAUGAACGAAUGUAGCAAAGCUCGUUGCGUUUGUUUGUCUGUGACAUUAAACUUUCACCGGUGAUUGAAUGGGUGAGACGAUUGCACCGCAAAUCACUAACCACUUAUCUGUUUACCAAAUAACGAAUAAAAUUACUUUGACAGAUAGAGCCAGAAAUUCUUUCACGGCACAAUUGCCCGCAGGUUGCUUUGAUGCUCAACAAGACAAGGACUCCCCAUCAAAAUUAUUAUAAAAGUUCGUUGGGAGUUAUCCCUUAUCAGUUUGUUCUGUACGAAAAGACAAUUUUACUCCAGGUGCAAUCAACUUCCCAACAUAACAUUCGCUCACUCGCCACACUCUGUGUUGUGAUUUACCUUACCGCCGAAGGUUGAAAUGUGAAUCAAAUCUAUCUAUUGUACGACCUUAAUUAGCUGACUGAUCUGCUGCUCAAUUUAGUAAGCAAACAAAAAACAUAUUUUCCCCACUCCACAGAGACACAGAUAAAAAAGUUUUUAAAGACACCUAGAAGGAUAAUUAAAAUCCAUGCAAAGAAACUGUGGCCUAUCAAAGUAAAGCGAAACCAUAAAGUUCAGUCUUCGAUUCGAAUUCAGUACUAUAAAAUCAGUUUAUUUCCGCUAAAAGAAGGCGGCUCGAAGAUGUUAUUCUAUCAAUGCAGUCGGUCGGUCGGUCGGUAGAAAACUGCAUACGAGAGACAAGCAAAGACACGGUUGGACACUCUAAAGAAAUCCAAUAAUUAAAAAAACAGUAAAUAUUGAAAAAACUGAAAUUACAAUGAAGAAAAUGAGAUAAUAGUUGAAACAUAUCAGUUUUCUAGAAGCAAAAAAGUGUAUUUAAAAGAAGUAAACUUAGUAAGCAGAUUGAUUAAAAUUAAAAGAAGAAAAAUAAACAUUUAUUAAAAAGUCACGAACGUUGAAAGCCAUAAUUCAAAGAGAAAAAAAAACAGCUCACAUUUAAGAGUAAUGAACUACGAAAAGUGUUGUACCUUAUCUUAAACCGAAAAAAUAACGAGUAGAAUAAAAGAAAUCGUAAUUAAGUCAAAACUUUACAGUUGCACCUUAGGCUUAAGGUAACCAAUGAACUACAACUCGGAGAAGAGCCGAACAAAAACAAUAAAAUAUGCCAAAAUGUACAGAAAAAUAGAAAGAGAAGCAGGCCGGGAUAUCGCGGAGAGGAAACCAAUUCGGAACGGUGGCAAUCGGAUGGAGAAAAACGUGUUUCGAAAAGCUUCCCCUACACUCAGCGCCAACCGAGCAUAAGUUGAAAAUCAAAAUAAACGAAAAAGACAAGCACACCCUUCCGGACAGUUGUGUGGCUGGCAAACUUGAAAAGUAAUAUAUAAUGACAAUCCUGAACGUUUGAAAACUCACAGCGGCUGCGGGGAAACCCCUUCAACUGCAGCCUCGUUUUGUACUGUUUGUAAAUAUUGAUAAAUCACAUGGCAGUUUGCGUGGCCGAGGCCUCAAACUGUCAAAGCUAAGAGUAAAAAAACAUAAAAAUAAGGAGGAACGAAUGAAACAAGUCAAUGUGUCUUCAUGCUCAAUUCUGUCUCACAGCAUUUUUACUGUGCAAAAAAAAAACAACAAAAGAAAGUGAUUAUUGUCCUAGCAACUGGCAACAACAGAGUAGCUAAACAAUACCCUUCCCUCUUUUUGAUGAGAUCUGAGUAAGCAUAGUGAUUUCUCCUGUGCUACCGAAGCUUGAACGGUCUUUGUUUAUGCCAUAUCCUGCUAUCCCGCGAGGAAAAGAGUAGAAAUUGCUCCUAAAAUUAGCUUGUAGGUUCUGAUUUAGCUUUACACACUCUCUAGCUUUAAGUUGCCCAGUUACAAAUCGUUUUAACCCUGUUGAGUGUUUCGUUCUCUUAUUUACACUCGUGCAAACCUACAAAAAAAAAAACAAACAAACGUUGACGUUCGAGACGGCUCAACGAAAGCGAUCCACUUAACCCGUAAGUUUUAGUUAAUUCUUAUUUAUUUUCGUUACACUCUCUAUAUGCUGAAACUGGUUUUCACAUAGAAGCAACAACUCUAGUUCAAUUAUUGUUACGAGUUUUCUAAAAACUUGAUUCGUUCGUUAGUUCAUAAUUAGUUAGUUCAAUAUAGGUGCAAAAUGUCCCAAAAACAGUGCCAUGACUGCACUCACGAGCCAAAAUAAAAGCAACUUCUCGUUCUCCCGGUGCAAAGCAAGACCACUCCCCCUUUCCCCACCUUCGCAACCUGUCCUCGAUUUCCACCACCACCUUUUUCCAACCAUUUCCAUCUGCAGUUCCUGCUUUGCUUGUUGAGAUUUAUACAAAGAACUAAACUACAAUGUUCGAUAAUUUUCCGACGGCUUUGAGCUUACAGGUACGACCCCCAUUUUUAGCUCCGUAAACAUUGUGUACUUUAUUGAUUGUUAAUCUUAAGUAAUUGUGAGUAAAACCAAAAGAUAAUUACACAGAAUGCCAAAAACAAAUAAAAAACCAAACAAACUAAUGGAAUUAAACAUACACACAGUUUGCGCUGAUUAUUAAUUACCAUUAGAGUAUGUUAUGUCUCUCAAUCAAAAACAAAUGGCAAACAAUUAAGUUAUUUGUAUUUAAUAACACGAAGAAAUAAAAACAAAAUCAAGCCGGUGAAACGAAUGAAUGAAUGCAAGUAAACAACCCAAAAUGCUCAUGACGCUGCAAAGCAGAAAAGAAAGAUAGAAAUACACACACACACAUACACACAAAUUGUCAAUGUUUUAACUGCUAGUUUUUAAAUCGUAACGAAUCUGGAUGCAAGUGAAAAGCGCCACGCGAGAUCAAGCAACGCGGGUUUAUUUUAAGUCUUACAAUGUACCAAAACGUGUAAAGAUUACAAGUUUCCAACUUCUUAAAGACAUACUUCAUUGUGCAGAACAAAAAAAAACAAAUAAACUUAAAAGAAAGCAAAAAAAGCAACCGAGAGAAGAAGAAGAAGAAGAAAACAGUACAGAUACUAUUAAAACAAAGCCAAAACAAACGAGAAAACAAAACUAUUGUUGUUCAAAUUUCACUCUAAGUGAAGCUUCUUUUCUGUUGAGGAAAAUAAAUUGCCUAAAUGUGUAA